AUGGAGAGGGCACAGAGAAUGAAGAGCGGCAACAAUAAUGCAGAGCUGAGAGUAGUGAUGGAUCUAUUAGAAUUGCCUUUCGAUAUCCUCCUAAACAUCCUCUCAAGAUUGCCGGCGGAAUCACUUUUCCUCAUCCGAAGCGUGUCUAAGGCCUUGUUAAACAUGGCUGAUGACCCCUCUUUUGCUAGAGCACUAAGUCACAACGUGCAUCUACAAGUGCCGCAACUUAUGCUUUUCGAUGAUCAUGGAGGAUACUAUCGUUGCCCUGCAGGGACGAUUCAACUUUUAGCAUCACUGCGAUCUAUGAAAUACGAUGGCUGCAGGGACUUGACAGAAGGCCGACAUGGAAUUAAUAGACAACCAUAUGAUGGUGGUGGAAGCCCUUGCUUCUUAGUCAAUCCUCUUAGGGGAGGAGAGGUUCUAAGACUUCCAACAUUGAAUAAGUAUUCCAAUGUAAGAAAGGACUGGUAUGGUAUGGGAUUUGAUAGUCUAACAAACGCACACAAGAUUGUUCGUGUUUCCAGAGUUACUAAUGAUACAGAGAGCCGUCUUGUUACCCAAGUUCUUGUAUUAGGCGAGAGCUCAUGGCGAGAGAUACCUUCGGUUCCCCCUGAUGACUUGAAUUCUAACAUUAAUGCGAAGAACGCAUGUGCCAAUGGAGACAUGCAUUGGUUAAUUUGGUUAAUUAGAGAGAAGAAGGGAAUUAGUGAAGAAACAUACCACAUAAUUUCUUUCGACUUCAAGAGAGAAGAGUUCUAUUGGACUCCUCAUCCCUUGUUAGAAAGCUCGAACGUACGCGUCGAGUGGACAAAGUUACAGUUGCUUACUCUAAGAGGAUCUCUGGCCCUGGUGUGUGCUCCAUCAUCAGAAGCUGGGACGGCGGAUAUUGAGAUAUGGGUGUUGAAAGAUUAUGAUAAAAAAGAGUGGACGCGAGAUUACAUCAUAAACAGCAAACAUUUUAGUAUUCAUGGUUCUUGCCACGAAUGGGAGCAUGGCAUAUUUUUCGAUACGAAUAUGGAUACAGUCUUUGUGGAUCUCAAUUGUUUUUCUGUGAAUCGUAUAAAAUACCGUGCUACCAUCUUGAGCUAUACUUGGAGCUUGGUUUCCUUGAAAGAAUAUGGCAAUUUGGUUAAAGAUCUAGCUGAAGAACCAUCAGAGUAUGGAGGCCUGGAAAGUUAUAACAAAUUGACUUAUACUUUCGAUAGGCACAUUCUGAGAAAUUCUACAAUUCAUCAAAAAUAUAAUAACAGAGAUUCCAGUGAAUGGCAACUUGACAAGCGUGUUGAUGAUUUUGCUCCCAAAGUUGUCCAAUUACAACAUGCUGAGACUGCAGGCAUUGUGGAUUGUAUCAUAUCAAAGACUCGAACCUGCUCUUGGUCCAGCAUAACACAGUUGGGAUUGGGAGUUUGA